CACCAGAACCCCCUGGCAAAGACCACACGAGAACCAAGGGAAUGGAGAAGGCCAAAGCGAUGCCAGAGAUGACCAACCCCCCUCCCAGGUCGAGGAACCGGCCGCCUCCAGCCCCUCCUCUGGGCUCUCGCUUCAUCCCAGUCAUUGUCCACGCUGGGGACCGUCCCCUCAGCUCCCUGGACUUCGUGUUCUACCAGCCCCAGUGGUCCAACUCUCUGGCCCCGUUCUGCACCUCGCAGAAACCUUUCUGUGGCUUCCGCUUCCAGGAGAGCGCCAGCCACGGCCGGCGGCGCCUCGGCGUGGAGAGCACAGACCCCAUCAAGUGGAGAUCCUUCCACGGCCCCAAACCGUAGCUGAGAGCAGCCCAGGCCAGGAAAUAAAGCCCAGUAAAAUC